AUGGGAGGCUCCGCCUUUGCCUCGGGCGAGCAUUCUCUCAAUACCCCGCGAAUGCCGCCCAAGAUCUAUGAUCUUGUCAAGGCCAAGUGCAUGUCAGCUUUGCGGGAACUCUACAUCUGCGUGGCCAGUCCCAUCGAGGGGCCCGAGAAGGAAGACUUCGGCGACAUUGACAUCCUCGUUACUUGGGAGAAGGCCGCAUACCAGGGCAGACGCUGUGCGAAAACAACCCCAACAGCAGCGGCCAAGAACACCCACAUCGACUCCGCCAAACGUGGCUUUGACGACUGGGGUGAUGCAGGAACCGAUGACGAAGAAGGACAGGAGCGCUCACCGAGCCACUCGCUCACGUCCCGCAACAACGCACGCGAGGCCAUCCGAGCCGCCCUAGGAGCCGAGUACUUCAUUUUCAACAAGGUCGGCGAUCACUAUGCCAUUCCGUGGCCGUCCUGCGAUGCCGACGGCAAAACAGACGAGGGUCUCAAGCGAUACAUCCAGGUCGACAUCACCAUCUGCAACUCGUUGCAGCAAAUGCAAUGGAUCUUAUUCAAGCACGCACACGGCGAUCUUUGGAGCAUCCUUGGAACCAUCAUCAAGCCCUACACUCUCACAGCCGACGGGCACGCCCUUUUCCUGCGAAACCCAGACAUUGAAAAGUUUGACAAGUACAAAAGCAAGGCCAAGAUCCGUCUGACGAGAGAUCCGGCAGAGAUUCUCCUGUUCCUUGGCAUGGACGUUGCUAGAUACUCGGAGCCUUUUGCAUCCCGCCAAGAGAUGUUCGAGUACGCCGCCAGUUGCCGUCUCUUCCGCAUCUGGCCGGAAGAAGGCGACGAAGACUCGGGCCAGGCAGACUCGGCGUCCUCUCCUUUUUCUAUGGAACCGGCCACACCGUCAACUGUACCAGACUACACAUCGUCGCCAACAUCGAUAGAGCCAGUGACGCCAGCGACGACAAUGGAACCGGAUACUCCAGCGGUGUCAGAGCCGAAGCCCGAAGACGGCAGAGGAGAACCGGCCAAAAAGAAGCUGAAGGCUAAGGACAAGAAGCGAUUGAAGACUCGGCCGGCAUUCCGCCAGUGGCACGAAGAGUUCGUCCCUCGAUGCCGAGCCGAGGGCCGCUUCUUUCGAGAAAAGACAACUUGGCUCAAGGUGACGGAGGAGGCCUUCGAACGCUUCGGUGUCAUAUCUUGGUACAAGCGCGUCCACCUCGACGUUGUCCGUUGCCGAAGUGAGGACAGGGUCGUGGCUGACAUCCUCAAGACCAUUGACGACGUUGUGCCCGCCGACCUUACCAACCCUAAGAGAUGCCAGUUUCGUGGCGUCUUGAAGAAGGCUCUCAAGAAGAUCAUCCUUGAAGGGGACGAAAGCUUUGGGGUAGUACCCGAAAAAGAGCUCAGGGACGGACUGGGACUAAUAAUUAAAGACGAGGUCGACAAGUUCGUGAGCAAGAGCUGGGAGGAGGUUGGCAGAGCCGCCAUGGCGAAGCACCAGCAGCGUUACGAGGAGCAUUGCCGUGACACGGGCAAGGGGAAGAGUCAGUAG